AUGGAUCGCGACCGCUCUUCGUGCCGCACUCGCGACGACGACGGGCACCACCGAUCCCGCGACCGGGAUGACGACCGACACCGCCGCCGCAGUCGCCACGACACCGACGCUCACCACUGGCGCGACGGCGGGGACGAGGACCGCCACCGCCGCCACCACCGCGACAAGGACAGGGGCGGAGGAGGUGAGGAUGACCGCCACCAGCGUCACCAUCACGACAAAGACGACAGCCGUAGCCACCGCUACCGCGACGGUGGGGACGACGACCACCACCGCGGGAACCGACGGUCCGUUUCCCUGUCCGAGUCCCCGCCACCCUCGUCGAAGCGGGACCGCUCGUCUAGCCGCCCACAGGAGUCCGUCGAGCGCCGCGACUCCACCGACCACGAGCCGCGGUCGUCGUCGCGGAAGCGGAAGGGCCACGAGGGCGGUGGCGACAGGGACGAGCCCGGCCGCGAAGGGGGAAAGCGGGUCAGGGCAUCCGUAGAUCCACCUCCGCCCAAGGAGGAGAGGCCUAGGUGGGCGCGGAGGUUUGAGGAUGUCGAUGCGAUUGGGAAGAAUGGUGAUGUGAGUAAGCUGGGUAAGGAAAUCUCAUCUCAUGAGCGAAGAAGGGGGAGCUAUCAUUUAACGGGAUUCACAGAAUCGGCGAUGCGUAAUGGCAUCAUCACCUCGGUUGGUUAG